AUGGCCGACACCUGCGGCGCCGGUGACGGCGCCACUCUCUGUGCCAUGCCCCAGAACAACACCUUUCCGUUCACAUCCGAGAAAUUCGUCUCGCACGUCCUCAUCCCAAUCCUCUGCCUCGCACCGCUCGCCACACUUCUACUGGUACCAAUACUCUGGCACAUUGCUGGGCCUGUUCUCGGCUGGUACCUUCGCAAGAAGACCGACGGGCGCCGCAGCCAUAUCAUCGACCUGGUACAAAGCGACGAGAAGAAGUACGCAGAAAGCAGGCGGACAAGUACAAGUAGCGGUGGCGAGGGGGGUAGCAGGGAGGAUGGCGGGUGGGAGAAGCUUGAUACGCAGACGAACGGUGUAGCGGAGGGUGGGGAGACGGCGGCGGAUAGUGAUUGGGAUGGAAUUGUCGGAUUCUUUCACCCGUUCUGUAAUGCCGGCGGCGGAGGAGAACGCGUUCUCUGGGCGGCGAUCCGCGCAACACAGCAGCGUUGGCCCAAGGCUAAGUGUGUAGUCUACACGGGGGACCACGGCGUAACAAAAGACGCCAUCCUAUCCCGAGUUAAGAACCGAUUCAACAUCCACUUGCACCCACCCACCAUCAACUUCCUCUACCUCUCCACUCGCCACUGGGUGCUCGCCUCCACAUGGCCUCGCUUCACCCUCGCCGGCCAGUCCUUCGGCUCGCUUGUGCUUGCCUGGGACGCCUUCUCCCUACUGGUGCCAGACAUGUUCAUCGACACCAUGGGCUACGCCUUUGCACUCGGCCUCGCACGCUUCCUCUUUGGCCGCGCCGUGCCCACCGGCGCAUACGUCCACUACCCGACCAUCUCUACCGAUAUGCUAGACUCCCUCGACACGGCCGACAUCGGGGCUCCGAUCCCAAACAAAAGCAUUGGCAACGGUCUCAACGCCGGCCAGGGCGCAGGUCUCCGCGGGACCGCAAAGCGUACUUACUGGCGUGCCUUUGCUGCGGUCUACUCUCGUGUAGGCGCCGCGGCAGAUGUGGUCAUGACCAACUCGUCUUGGACACAGGGCCAUAUCCAACGUCUCUGGGCCCCCUUCCGCAAGGGAGGCAAGACAAAAGCCUCUGACGGCGCCCACCCGAUCGCCGUUGUCUACCCGCCCGUGGCUGUCCGUGAGCUGGAGCACGAAGUUGAAGUGUCCCCCGCCAGCGAAGCCCGCCGCGAAAAAGUGGUGCUGUACAUUGCGCAGUUCCGCCCGGAAAAGAACCACCAGCUCAUCCUGGAAUCCUUCGCCCAAUUCCUCAAGUCCCGCCCGCCUUCAGUCACCGACAACACCCGUCUCGUGCUUGUCGGCAGCGUGCGCGACGACCAGGAUUCGAAGCGUGUUUACCAGUUGCGGUUGAUGGUCAACGAACUGCAUAUUCGCGACCGCGUUGAGUUUCACCUGGAUGCGUCGUGGCCUGAGAUUUUGGAGUGGCUGCGUCGGGCGUCGGUGGGCGUAAAUGGCAUGUGGAAUGAGCACUUUGGGAUUGGGGUGGUUGAGUACCAAGCGGCUGGGCUGGUGGCGGUUGUGCAUGAUAGCGGUGGACCGAAGUUGGAUAUCGUGGUGGACGUGGACGGGGAGCCGACGGGUUUCCACGCAACGACAGCGGCCGAAUUUGCGGAAGGCUUUGAGAAGGCUUUCAGCUUGCCCAACCCAUAUGCUGUCCGCCAGCGAGCAAGACAGUCGGCUAAGCGGUUUACGGAAGAGGAGUUUGCGCGGCGGUGGACAGAGCAGAUGGAGAAGCUGGUGAAGCUGAGUCCUAUCGGGAAGAAGAAGGCGUAA